GGCAGCAGGAGGGACGAGAGGACGGUCUGAAUCGAGAGAUGUUUUGAUAUCGGAGCUGGCUGAUGGUUCUUUGUGUAUCUGCUGGAGGAGUUUGAGCUCGUGGAUGCGCGUGCUGCGUUGGUGCUGACUCGUGAUGCUGAUGACAGGCCAAACCUAUCAAACCACCUGCAUCGUGGAUGAAAGCCAAAGCUAAAAUAGCUGAAUAGCAAUCAAUCAGGGAGGAAAAGAGCAACAGGCCAGUUUGAUCGAGUCUGCAAAACGGGGACCUGACCGGCUGUGUGAGGCGGCAUGUUCUGAGCGGAGAGGCGGCGAGCGGCGGCGGCGGCGGCGGCGGCUGGCGGGAUGAAGGCGCCGAGGAGACCGAGGCAGACGCGGCUCCUCCCCCGGUUCUGCGUCUGUGGAGUCGGUCUGCUCGCAGCCGCCUGGAUUUUUAACCUGAAUGAUGUUACAGGCUCCCAUACUGCCACUGUGGAUCAUGACAUCUCCUUCUCCGAGAGAGAGCUCAUCCAUCAGGAAACAGAAAACAACCAGACCGAAUCUAUUUCUAAAUCUGCCGUCAGUGAUUUUCCUCAAGACAUCUUCACUCUGGAGCAGAGGAGACAUGGAGCGGUUCUCCUUCAUGUUCUCUGUGCUAUCUACAUGUUUUAUGCGCUGGCCAUCGUGUGUGAUGUUUACUUUGUGCCAUCACUGGAAAAAAUCUCAGAGAACCUUCAGCUCAGCCAGGAUGUUGCCGGGGCAACUUUCAUGGCAGCUGGUAGCUCCGCCCCCGAACUCUUCACCUCUCUGAUUGGGGUGUUUAUUACAAAAGGCGACGUGGGUGUGGGAACUAUCGUGGGAUCGGCUGUCUUUAACAUCCUCGUCAUCAUCGGCCUCUGUGGCAUCUUCUCUGGACAGCCCAUCUCUCUGAGCUGGUGGCCUUUGUUUCGUGAUGCUGUCUUCUACAUCCUGUCCAUAGUGGUGCUUAUCCUGGUGAUCUAUGAUGAAAAGGUCAUGUGGUGGGAGACCAUCACCCUGAUGUCUAUGUAUGGAAUCUACAUAAUCAUCAUGAAGUUCAACAGAUCUCUGUGCAGCUUUGUAGAGAGACACUGCAGCCGGGCAGGUCAGCCGUGUCUGAGCAGUCUGCGACGGACGACUGCUGUCGGAAACAUUGGAGACUGUGACAACGACAUGGUGCCGCUGAAGCCAGAUUCAUGUGUAGUGGCCGGCCAGGACUCAGGGGUGGUGAUGGUGGAUGAGCUGCUGAACCUGCACCCACACCAGCUCUCCUUCUCAGAGGCAAGCCUCCGCCUUCUCAUCACCCCGCAUUUCCCCCCCUUCACCCGCCUGCGCAUGGCAGGACGCAUGGUCAUCAACGAGAGACAGAGGCUGAUUCAGGCCCGGGGUGGCCCGGGAGAGGGGGGAGCUUCAGGGGAAGAAGGUUUGGGUGCUAACGGGCCGUGGGGGAGGGAGAACGGGACGGUGGCCGAGGGAGACAGGCAGCCGCUGGAGGGAGAGACGGGUAAAGAGAUGGGGGGAGAGACAGAGGUGGGCAGAGCUGGAGGAGCGCAGCCUAAAGAGGAAGAGGAGGAAGAGGAAGAGCAGGAGGAAGGAGAGGAGGAAGGAGAGGAGGAGAACGCUCCUUUAAAACCCUUCGUCCUGCCUGAUGGUUGGUGUCUGCGUCUGAAGUGGCUGCUGUCUUGGCCCUUGAGCGUCCUGCUUUAUUUCACCAUCCCCGACUGUAACCUGCCGCUGUGGGAGCGCUGGUACCUGCUCACCUUCCUGUCCUCCACGCUCUGGAUAGCCCUCUACUCCUACCUCAUGGUCUGGAUGGUGACCAUAAUCAGCAACACACUUGGAAUCCCAGAAGUCAUCAUGGGCAUCACUUUUCUGGCGGCUGGCACCAGCGUCCCUGACUGCAUGGCCAGCCUCAUCGUCGCCCGACAAGGGAUGGGCGACAUGGCCGUGUCCAACUCCAUUGGCAGUAAUAUCUUUGAUGUGCUUCUGGGCCUGGGCUUCCCCUGGGCGCUGAGGACGCUCAUCGUCAGCUACGGAUCAGUGGUGACAAUCAACAGCAGAGGCCUGGUGUACUCCGUGAUCCUUCUGUUGGCCUCAGUCAUACUCACUGUCCUGUGUGUCCACCUGAACCGCUGGAAGUUGGACCGCAGGCUGGGACUCUGUCUCAUACUGCUCUACGCCCUCUUCCUCCUCUGCGCCGUCGGCUUCGAGAGGUUGUAGAGGACACUCCUCAUGCACAGAGUCACACAAAAGGACGCACAUACAAGUGGUUGUUUUUUAGCUUCACUGCUGCCAUCGUUCAUCAAAUGUACGGACGGAUGAAUUUUUCAUUUCACUUCACGGUGUCUGUACAUGUUUGAGCGGCGUUACUUCGACACCGGCUGCCUGAAAGCGACAGUGUUUACCUUUGAUAAACCAGUAUUUUACAUAGUUUUGUACUGAGCACCUCCUGCCCAGACCCAUCUGAUAAUGCACUACUGUAUGUCUCACAACACAUUUAUAAAGUAUUGCAUUUUCAUUCUGAAACCAAGAAUAUUAAGGAACCCCAAAGUGUGUUAGUUUACUUAUUAAUACUUUAUGACUGCCACGAGUAACCUCAGAUGAUUACACAUGUAAGUUCAUAUAGUUGCUUCUCAGUGCAUGAAGUUAUUUUAUGUAAGGUUUUCAUCACGCCUUUGUAUCUGUAGUUGUAAACAGCAUAGCAUGGCUGAUCAUCACGCUCCAGAUAAUUGCACUAAACCACUGUUGUCUUGCCCCCCCCCCUCUUUCCUCAAAGCUUCUCAGCACAGAGGUGGUGUUAUUGUGCUGGAACGAAGCGACUGUGUGCUACAAGGUGUUUUUGAACUUCUGUGUUUGGAGAGUCCUUGAGUGUGUGUUGAGUGAAAUAAAAUGUUUUGUUCUGUGAGGUU